UGCCUCGCAUCUGAAUAUGGCAGGUAACAGCAGCUGCUGUGUGUGGACGCUGUGGUUUUCUCGUGCUGGUGAGAGGGUCUAUUUAUUUACAGUAAAUACAGUCAGAAUGCCACUUACCUGUAAACCCGAUUUUCGAGCCGUAGUAAAGACAUUAUAAGAAAUGGUUGUCCUUGAAACUAGAAAUAACCAUUGAAAUCCACCCUCGGAAAAUCCAGACAACUCGAUACUGCUUUACCAAAGAGUUAAAAGAAAGGGCACCUUUGCUGGUCGUAAGUACAGUUAAUAAGACUGAUUAAAAUGGAUUGUGGAUUAAAGUUAAUGAAGUGUGUUUGGCUCCCGUGUUUUUCCAGUUGGCAGAGUUUGCGUGUUGGAAGGGUGUGUUAAGGAAACCUUGGUGAACUGCGACAGUGAACACACUCCAUGUUGCAUUGGCGGUGGAGGGAGUUUUUUCCUUGACCGUAUAUGGGCGUCGCCAGUUACGCUAGCAUUUACUCGCCAUCCCUAGACACAUUUGAGAACGUAGUGACGGGCUGUGCUCUUGAACCGUUACAGUCCCUGAGGUGUAGACACACCCACAGUGCUAUUUGGGAGGGAAUUCCAUGAUUUUGACCCAGUGACAAUGAAGGAACGGCGAUACGUUUCCAAGUCAGGAUGAACAAGAUUGAAAGCAGCCGUGUCUCAUGAUCAACUUGGAAAGCUGCUGCUGCAAUGAGAUGCUACUGGAAGCGAUCUGUCACUACUCUUGGCCUCUCCCUGCUUCUUUGCCUCCUUGUGUAUUUUUGUAUAAAGGAGGAAGAGGGGAGUGCACUGGAAGAAGAAGAAAGGCGAUUGGCCAAAGAAAUAGCCGUGCAGCAGCUAUAUUCUGAGAGAAAUGUGCAGAACUUCAGGGAGCUGAUAAAUUUUUCUUCGCCCAUUAACAUCAGCUAUCAAUUUUUGGCAGGGUACCCUUUAUUAAAAAAGAAAUACAUCACAGUGGGAUUGUCUUCAGUCAAGCGAAAGAGAGGAAAUUACCUUCUUGAGACAUUGAAGUCCAUAUUCAAACAAUCGACUAAUGACGAGCUGACUGAAAUGGUGGUGGUCGUCCAUUUGGCAGACUUUGACAUGGUGUGGAAUACGCAGGUGGCUCAGGACAUAGCCACAAAAUUUGCCCACCAUAUCAUCUCAGGCCACUUGAUCAUUAUUCAUGCCCCAGAAUUAUACUACCCACCCCUCAAAGGCUUGAAAAGGAAUUAUAAUGAUCCAGCUGAUCGCGUGACUUUCAGGUCAAAACAAAAUGUAGACUAUGCUUUCUUGCUCAACUUUUGUGCAAAUUUAUCAGAUUAUUACAUAAUGCUAGAAGAUGAUGUUCAAUGUUCCCACUCUUUCUUAACUGCAAUUAAGAAGGUUCUCGCUUCAAAAGUGGGCUCCUACUGGGUCACACUGGAAUUUUCUAAGCUGGGCUACAUUGGAAAACUUUACCACUCAUAUGACCUUCCAAGACUGGCCCAAUUUCUACUGAUGUUCUACCAAGAGAUGCCAUGCGACUGGUUAUUAACUCAUUUCCGAGGCCUUCUCACACAAAAAGAUGUCAUUCGUUUUAAGCCUUCCCUGUUUCAACACGUUGGCUAUUAUUCUUCUUUCAGGGGGACCGAGAAUAGAUUAAAAGAUGAUGACUUUGAAGAAGAUUUCUUUGAUGUCCCUGACAACCCACCAGCGGCAAUCCACACAAGCCUCAAAGUUUUUGAAAACUAUGACCCCAGCAAAGCCUACAGUAAUAGCGAAGAGUACUUCUGGGGAAAAUCACCCACUACAGGAGAUUUCUUCACUAUUGUGUUUGUAAAGCCGAUGAACAUUAGUAGAAUCCAUGUAGCCACUGGCUCAGAAGACAGACAUGGCGAUAUUCUUCAUUCUGGGAUUGUUGAAGUUGGGAAGCAUCCAAAAUUGACACAAAAGGGGAAGGAUUGUUCAGAAUAUGUUAAAUUAAAAGAAUUUCAAAAUGGACUGUUUGAUCAAAAAGAUAUAGGAGCCAUUGUGAACUUUAGUGUGGAAUGUGUGCGAAUAUACAUUACAGACAGCCAAAAAGACUGGCUAAUUAUUCGCAGCAUUGGUGUCUGGGCAAAGCAAGCCACCUUACUCUAACUGUACCACUCUGGUCAUUCCCUCCUUGGUGACCUGUAUUGAGUUGGCUUUCUGUGUGAGUAUCUCAUCGGUGAUCUUGCAGAGCUUGUCCAGCUGGGUAGUCCAACAGACAUCCUCAGUGAUAUCUUAAACCGACCCCAGUUGUCAGCAUUGUUCAGUGGUUAGGGGAAAACCCAUGAAGACUUUCCUCUCAUCUUGUCCAGGGAAUAUCAGUUCUGUAGUUCUGAAAAGAGCUAAAUAAUAAGUAAUUAAGCACUUUCCAGAUGUAUAUGAUCUUUCAAUGUACCAUCAAAAAUCACUUGCAAGUGGCAGGCUACCUGCAAGUUCGCCAUUAUAACAAGCUGUUUGCUCAUUUCCCAGUUUAUUAUGCAGCACAAUUGCUAGUUUGAGAAAGAGUGAAAUUUUGUGUUCUGUGCUAAUAUAUCAGCCCAGAAUUAUGAAAUCAGGUUAAUCAGGACAUCAGAAUGUCAUGGUAUUCAUUGGGCGGGUUUCUCCAGCUCUCCAUCUUUUUCUCUGAAUAAUGUGAUGGGUUAUGAAAGGAUGUGACUGGGUCAGAUAGAAAAUGCCAGGAAGUAUGUCAAUUCAACUUCAAAGCUCAUGUGAAAAUUUUAAAAAGCUCUCCCCAAAAUACUGUGAGCAUCUAAUCACUUCUGAAUCAAAUAUUAAUAAGCACAAUGAUAAUCUGAUGUAUAAAUAAAUUCAAAACAUCAUUUUUGAACAAAAACAGUGACUGCCAUGUUCUGAUCAAAUGAAUGUUAGAUCACUGUGCCUAUCUUUUCAGCUAUAAGCCAUCAAGAGUUAAACUCUCUAAUUAUCCACAAAAGGGGGACAUUCUGAUACAAGUUCAGGUUUAUUGUUAUUCAACCUCACAUAUUUAUAUAGCUAAAUUAAGUAUUGUUCUUCGUGGGGCCAAGGUAUGAGGUAAACACAGUACAUAUAGUCACCCACAGCACAGAGAGUCACAAAACAAAAUUAGCACAAGUCUCUGAGUGGCAUAGCCACGAGAUUGACAUUCCUACAGGCUCACAACAUAAGGAAGGACAAUAAAGUGGCUGUUUGAGUGUGUCACUUAUCCUAAUAUGACUAGCCAUGGCUAGAAAUGUCCCCAACUCAGUAUCUGAGUCUUAAGUUAUAAAUAAAUUAUUUCUAGGGGCUAUUUGAGGGAGAUUGAAACUAUUUUGUUCUUUAUGAAUGAUCUUACAAUUCCUCAUCAAAUGGUUCUGGGUGUGCUUUGCCUUACCUUAGGAAGAGGGAAAAUGGCCUUUAUAAUAGGUGUAAAUAUCUGAAAAAAUUAUAUAUACUUUGUAUAAGUAUUUGCGCCAUGAUGCAAAGAAUGCCUUGAUGUUAUAUUCCAUAAAUAAUGCGAUCAUUGCUGUUUUCAAGAUAAGUUUGCAUAUUAAGAUCUUUAUUCAUGAUAUCCUGUAAAUAAGGAAUUGUUUACUUGUGCUUUUUUAAUUAGAAGUGUGGUUCAAAUAUUUGGAUAUUAAAUGCAGCUAUGGUUUAUUAAUGUUAGAUAUUGCUGCAUUGUAUGAUGGUUAACUUUUUCAAGAUGAAUCUUAGUUUAAUUUUUUACUAUUCCAUGGAGAUGGAUUCAGACCAUUGUAUCUGUCAAUCAGUAGAUAUACAGUAGAUAUUGCUUUCAUUUUUGCUGCUGGUCAGAAAUACAAAAGAUGCUUCAGACAUGUGAAGUAUCCUGUAAGUGGAAGUGACUAGGAAUUGACGAUCAAAUCACAAAAGAAAGUGUGCAGAUGCUGGAAACCUGAGCAACACACACAAAAUGCUGCCUGGCCUGCUGAGUUCCUCCAGCAUUUUGUGUGUGUGUGUGUGUGUUGAGGCCUGUUUGUACCCCUACAAGAAGGUUCCAAGAUCAGCUCAUUAUUGUGGUAACCAAAGUGAUGGUUACUUAAUUCCUUUCAAAACUUGAUUACAUCUGCUCAUGCAAGCAUUAUCAGAUGUUCAGUUUCUCAGAUCUAAUUAUCCAGCAGUGGACUUAUAACCAUGCUGAUGAUUAUUUAACAAUUGAUCUAUGUCACCAAACUAAAUUAGAUCAUUUUUAUCUCACUUUUCUAAGCUCUGCACUGCAGGGAAUGGGAUUUCCACAUAUCACAUUCACAGAUCUGUUGCAGUCUAAAUGACCUAACUCAUUGCUAUGAUCAGCUGACCCUUCAUGAUCACCAUACUUUUCAAUGGCUUAAGUGACUGAAGGCAAAUUAGAUUGAAGUUUGUUUAGCUGUUCUGUGGUGAUAUCAGAUUUCAAAUAUCUUCAAAGUUACUUUUAAAGGAUCACCCAGCACAGGAAUGGGGCCCCCUUCAGCCCAUCUCAUCCAUGCCAACAGUGAUGUCUAUCUGCUCUAGAAUAGACUGCCAGGGAGCCACAUAUGGGGAGCUAGUGAAAAUCUCAGGUGAUUUACAAAGCAAUUAAUGCUCAGAGGAUUGAUAGUGUUUACACUCCAGGCUUCAAACCCAUUUUGUGAAGAAAUCCAAUGCCUAGGGUUCAUGCAGGGUGAAUUUUGCUUUAUUUGGUGCUCCAAUAGAUUGUGAAUUAUUGAGGUCUUAACUGACCUUAGACAAUAGAAAGCAACUAGUGUUUUUAAAUGUCUUGAAAAGGUGCAUUGAUUUACACAACUAAGUGCAAGUUUAUAUUUUAAAUUUUGGGAUCUUUACAUCCAUUUUGACAAUCUUAUUUUGCCAUUGAUUCUGAUGGUAGUUCCAUGUAAAUCCUUGGCCUUGGCCCUUAGUUAUUUUUGUUCUCCUGAAGUUUGCACUUCAUUUGCUUUAUAAACCCAUUUUCUUGAUUCCCAAAUGACAUGCACAUUGUUAAAGGUCUGUAAUUUGCAGGUAGUUACGUAAAGAAAAUUGACAGCAAAAUACUGCUUUGAUAUUCAAAGGUGGGUGAAGUAUGAGAAGAACAUAAAUGCUUUAUAAAAUUUAUAGAUUGGAUUGAUUGACCUAGAAAUCCAUCCUUCCUCAGUAAUACUGGUAGUGUUAAAUGUCGUAACUACUGUUAUAGUCUGCCUCAGAUUCUUUCCAUUCUCCAGUGAGCAUAUAUAAUAGAGCUGGGGUGCCUAAGACUGUUGUACAGUAUUGUAUUUGUCAAUGUGGAGAGGUGAGCAAGUUUGUAAAUCUGGCGGGAGCAAAGGAUGUUGGGAAUGGUGAGGGUGGAGCGCUGCUGGAGGGGUGUAAGAGAGGUGGCAGAGAAGGAUUGCCAGGGGAGGACACACCCAGCCCUGAGGCACCAGGCAAGGUCUUUUUGAUUCUAAGCAAUUGGUUUAUUUCAUUACAGAAUGUUUGUCUGAUGCUUCCCUCGCCUUCCUGCUUUUCCCAACCAUGACUUGCCUCUCCCUGCAUCCUUCCCACUCUCAGUCCACAAUAAAGAACCAUAUCAGAAUCAGAUGUGUCAUCACUCACAUAUGCUAAGAUUAUUUUCCUCUGGCAACAAUACAUAAAAUCACCACAGUGCUGUGCAAAAGUUUUAGGCACCCUAACUGUAUACACGCAUCACACGAUACGUAUGGUAUGUUUGCAGUAUUUCAUCCAACAGACCAGUCAUCACCUGUGGUUAAUCGUUCAUCUCCAAUCAGUGUUCUGCCCUUCCAUCAUGUUUCUGCCUUAGAGUGUUGAAGGUCCCAGGAAAAUUACCACUCUCCAUUUCCGCUAAUAAUGAGUCUGGUCAUUUGGAACAUUGUUCCAUUUACUUUUUCCAUGACAGCUUUUGACACUUUCCAGCAGUAUAAAAGAUAAAUAUUGACAGAUCAAGUAAGCGUACAAAUGGCUUUUGUUAAACUAAUGCCUUAAGCCUUUAAUGUUUGGAGAUGACUCAGAGUGGCAAUUGCAUUCGAUUCCAUUGUUUGUGUCAUAUCCUGUACAGUUCACUACAGAUGUCUCAUGAAGCCUAGCCUUAAUCCAAGGACCACAAUGGCCUUAAUCACUGCUACAACCCAGCAGCAGUAGACUCAGUGCUGCCAUCAACAACUAUUUCACAUUUUAUGGAAAGCAAAGUGAACUCUUACUAUGACAAUACCUGCAAAACAGAUUACAGUAUGCUGAAGCCAAGACCCACUUCAGGCAGGUAGGAGAUGGUUAGAAUCAGAGUGGUCAGAAUAAAUGCAAAAUUGAAUUAUAAGUAGGGGCUCCCUAGGGGGGUCCUUAGGCCCUUCGGUUAAUGGUAAAACUCCAUGUCAUCACAAGUUUGGGAACCACAGGGUUAGAGUUAUUUUGUAGGAAUUCAGUCGAAGAACUGGGUAACGUUGGCAGGUGUGUAGGGCUUGGAAGCUUUGUCAUUUUCCACACUCAGUGGAGAAUUUAAGCAUGAAAGUUGUUUCUUGUAGUUUGCUCUGCAUGUUCUCAAAAUAAAUGUAAGCUCCAGAGGAGAACUGAUUUGUUUUUUUUGGUUUGGUCACACUUCUCUCAAGUUUAAUGGUGAAGAGCGCAGUGAAUUUAAAAUUAAUUUGCUUUGAGAAAUCAAUCUUGAUGGGCAUUCUGUAGUAGUAUUGUGUUAAUAUUUCUUCAAACAUGAUUGAGCAGUUAUGGUCAGGUUAAAUCUGGCAAAUCUGCGCCAUAGAAUCAUAUCAUUCAUAUCAAAAUGAACUGUUGACUUAUUAGCAUUUCUUUCUGUAAACAAGCAGCAGUGACUGCUACAUUACAGUCUAAAUCAUGAUAAUAAAUCUACUUGAAUGGACCUGCAUGGAGCUAAGUCCCAUGUAGCUCUGGACUGCCUUGUUCAGUGAAUCAGUUGAUACCUUCCUGGAAGUCACACAAAAUAUGACAGUGACUUCCUAUGUGUGUUCAAUUCUGUUUUAAAAUGCAGAAGUGACAAUCAUAAUUGAUGUAAAUUAUUAUCAUUUCACUUACUUAAAGAACAUUUUCUUCUCCCGGUAAUGUACGUUGGGUUUAAUUCAGCAAACCUGGUUUUGAAUUUGAAAACAAAGAGCCAGAAUAUCUAUCAGGAUCAGCAGGAAAAAGAUUAUUUUCAGAUUUCUUUUUUCAAGAUCCUCCUUAGUUUGCCAAGUUUUAAAUUUUACCAUCCUGGCAGAUUCACUGUAUAUUUUCAACAGCGGAGAUGUCCUUUAAACUAUGGUUCAAUAUGUCAUUCCUAAUACAACUCCAGCUCUUCAUUAACACACAAGUGGCCAUCACAGUUUGCACUGUAAAAUAAGAAUGGAAUGAUACAAAUUAGGCUUUUGUAAACAGGAUAUAAACUGAAGCACAGAGUGUAUUGUUUCACUGGAUUCAUUCCGAAGCCCUUUAUUGUAAAAUAUUGGGAAAUGAUUCUAUUGAGGUUAUUACGCACUGUUUUUGGGAGAUGUAUUCUGCCACUGUUGCUAUGUUCUUCCAUGGAUGAGCACAAUUAGUAAAUGUACUUGUUCAAGUCCUCUAAGAUUGUUCAUCAGUUUUUGUUCAUGUGUUACUUUUGCUUUAUUGUCGUCAUGAUUCUGAUUAGAUUUUUGCAAAUGCACUUUAAGACUAGUGCUUUCAUUUCAGUUAUCUUGUAAAGAAAUUUUUUUAUGUAGAAGACUGCAAAUUUUUAUUGUCAGUAAUGUAUUUGAAUAAAUUUAUUUGCUUA